GCAGUGGCGCUGGGAUGAACGACACAUGCAGUCUCUCUUCUCAAAGUGUGGAUAUACAACCAUCACCACAUCAAAACAUCGAAGGCUGUUAUAGUCUUGAUGUGGAUGUGCUGAACGAUGUAUGCAUUGGGGAACAAUGUGGAGAAGCAGCAGCAGCAGCAACAACAGCAUCACCACCACCACCACCACCGCCGCCACCUACCCAUGCCACUCAAAGCAGGGAUGGAAGAAGGAAGAGGCCUGGUGAUGGGUACAUGAGUGCUGUUGAGGUAAUAGCUAAUAAAAUAUGUGCCACCCAAGACCGCCAACAACCCUCGGCAGAGCUAACUAUGGAUAGCUGCAUGAUAUUCAUUGGUAACCUAGCAAAGGAAAUCAAGAGCAAUGAAAUCAGAAUGCAGUUAAUAAGAGACCUUGUUAAUGUAACAACAGAAGCAAAACUGAAAGAUCUAUAG